GGGCGGGAAGGGACCUGGGGAAGCGCUGCUCCACUCCACUUUGCGCCGGACCUCGGGGGCAGAUAGUUCCACCGACCGGGUCGGUGCUACCUUCCAAGGCUGCGGAGCGAAGCCCUAGAAAGACAAGCAGAUACCCCAGAUCUAGACCCGGCUCAGCAACCGAUGCGACAGUGGAGAAAAUCCCGAGCCGGCCUCUGACCUCCUAGUCUGUAAAGCGGGCAACCCGGUCAGACUGAGCGUUUCUUCACUAGGGUGGAGGCCUGGGCGUGUGGCACUUCCCCUUCCAGUGGGAUGUCCUGUGGGGUCACUUGCCACUUCUCUCCCCAGGAACGCGGUGAGGGAGGUGCUCCAUAGUGAACGCCCCUCCAGUGGGUUUCCAACGGUGGGGAUGUGAGCUUCUCACACGGAGCCACAGGCUGGGAAGGGGCUUGUGAUCGCUGGGGACUGAGGUCUGCAGAAAGAGGGAGAUUCAGAUCCUGUCCAGCUGGAAAAUUAAUGAAAGCUGCUCCUCCAGCCUUGGUUAGAAAGGAAGAAGUUGGAGUGGGAGUCUUCGAGCAUGAAAUGGUGCCCUUGGCCGAUCAAAGAGCUGCCUUUUAGGCACCACAGAACAUGGCGUCCCCCAGCUGCCUGGCUGGAGCCCUUCUAGGAGUGGCAUCCUUUUUGAGGCCCUGAAGACCAACUCUGGACCUUCCUAUAAAAGUGUCAGCUCACAAAACUUCUUAACCAAAGGACCAACUCUUCAGACGUCUUCCAACCCACCUGGCCCCCAGCUAGGGAGGGGGCUCCAGAAGGUUAAGAUUAGCUCACUAUCUUUGGACAGCAGCUCCAGGACAAAAGGGGGUGGGGGUGGAUUGACCACCCGAACCCCCUCUGGGCCCAGGCUCCAUGCCCCGAGGAGAGGCAGCCUGAAGCCUGCCACAGCUGACUGCCAGACUGUCUGCUUGCUCUUCUGACUGUGGCCGCUUGGCAUGGCCAGCAAUAGCAGCUCCUGCCCAACACCUGGGGGCGGGCACCUCAAUGGGUACCCGGUGCCCCCCUACGCCUUCUUCUUCCCCCCUAUGCUGGGUGGACUCUCCCCACCAGGUGCUCUCACCUCUCUCCAGCACCAGCUUCCAGUUAGUGGAUACAGCACACCUUCCCCAGCCACCAUCGAGACUCAGAGCAGCAGUUCAGAAGAGAUAGUGCCCAGCCCUCCCUCGCCGCCACCCCUGCCCCGAAUCUACAAGCCCUGUUUUGUCUGUCAGGACAAAUCCUCGGGCUACCACUAUGGGGUCAGUGCCUGUGAGGGCUGCAAGGGCUUCUUCCGCCGCAGUAUCCAGAAGAACAUGGUAUACACGUGUCACCGGGACAAGAACUGCAUUAUCAACAAGGUGACCCGGAACCGCUGCCAGUACUGCCGGCUGCAGAAAUGUUUCGAAGUGGGCAUGUCCAAGGAGUCUGUGCGAAAUGACCGAAACAAGAAGAAGAAGGAGGCACCUAAGCCAGAGUGCUCAGAGAGCUACACGCUAACGCCGGAGGUCGGGGAGCUCAUCGAGAAGGUGCGAAAAGCACACCAGGAGACCUUCCCUGCCCUCUGCCAGCUGGGCAAGUACACUACGAACAACAGCUCAGAACAACGUGUCUCUCUGGACAUUGACCUCUGGGACAAGUUCAGUGAACUUUCCACCAAGUGCAUCAUUAAGACUGUGGAGUUCGCCAAGCAGCUGCCCGGCUUCACCACCCUCACCAUUGCCGACCAGAUCACCCUCCUCAAGGCUGCCUGCCUGGAUAUCCUGAUCCUGCGGAUCUGCACGCGGUACACGCCUGAGCAAGACACAAUGACCUUCUCAGAUGGGCUGACCCUGAACCGGACCCAGAUGCACAAUGCUGGCUUUGGCCCCCUCACCGACUUGGUCUUUGCCUUUGCCAACCAGCUGCUGCCCCUAGAGAUGGAUGAUGCUGAGACUGGGUUGCUCAGCGCCAUCUGCCUCAUCUGUGGAGAUCGGCAGGACCUGGAGCAGCCGGACAGGGUGGACAUGCUGCAGGAGCCCCUGCUCGAGGCACUCAAGGUCUAUGUGAGGAAACGGAGGCCCAGCCGCCCCCAUAUGUUCCCUAAGAUGCUGAUGAAGAUCACAGACCUUCGGAGUAUCAGCGCCAAGGGGGCCGAGCGAGUGAUCACGCUGAAGAUGGAGAUACCGGGCUCCAUGCCACCACUCAUCCAGGAAAUGCUGGAGAACUCAGAGGGCUUAGACACUCUGAGUGGACAGCCGGGGGGUGGGACACGAGACGGGGGAGGACUGGCUCCCCCGCCAGGCAGCUGUAGCCCCAGCCUCAGCCCCAGCUCCCACAGAAGCAGCCCAGCCACCCAGUCUCCAUGACUGCCAUCACGUGGAUACAGCCUUCACCCCUGCCCUGGCUUUCUCUGCCUUCUACUGGCCAUGUGACCCCUGCCAGUCCUGCCCCACCUCAUCCUCCCAGACAGAACUGGGACCUUCUAGGGGGAUGGGAAGGAGAAGGCAGCGACUCUGGACAGAGGCCUGGACCCAUGAUGGACUGCCCUCCUCCAGCAGCCUGGGCUGGCGUCAGGGGCCAAGCUUGGAGCCACGUGAGGAUCUGGGCCCAAGCCCCUGCCCACCUCGCCACGUCUUCAUCACCAGCAAAUGCCAGGACCUGGCUCCCUGUCCUCUGAACUCAAGCCAUCGCUCCCCAGUUGGGGAACCUCCCCCUGCCUUGGUUGGUGACAGAGGGGUGGCCGGGGCGGGGAAGACCCCCUGUACAUAUCUUGUGUACCAACCCCCAGAUAUUCUCGCUGGUUUUGUUUUUAUUUUAAUUUUUUUGUUUUGAUUUUUUUAAUAAGAAUUUUCAUUUUAAGCACAUUUAUACUGAAGGAAUUUGUGCUGUGUAUUGGGGGAGCUGGAUCUAGAGCUGAAGGGGUGGGUCCUGGGGAGGGGCAGGGCUCAAAAAGGCUCCCCUCUCCGCCACGUUCCCAUGGACGCUCCCCAUCCCCUCAGCCUUUUCUCCUCAGUUUUCUCUAAUACUGUGAAUACUAACUUUCCAAGGCCGCCUUCCCCUCCCUGUGCAGGGAAAGCAGCAUCCCUCUGCCUAACCACUGGGUGUGGGUGUCUUGGGCAGCCAUCCCUGGAAGGAGGGAAUCCUCUGCCUCUGUCCACCAAGAAGCAGGGUAGAGGUGAUGCUGGGGCCCCUUAGACGAGUGGGGUGAGUGUUGCUCAUCACUGUCUGCCCACUGGGGCUCACUUCACCCAAGCCCUAGCCCCACUGUGAAGGGGCUGGCCAAGGGGUCCAAGCUACUCCUGCCCCAACCUCAUAGCCACCAGCACCCCUGAGGGGCCCUCCAAAACAGACACACACACACACACACACACACACACACACACACACACACACACACA